AUGUCGUUUAGCAGCUUCUACUCGGUAGUAAACGUUAUUAAGGACAAGUCGGCAGAAGCUUUGACCACACUAAGCUCAGAUUUACAGGAAUUUAAGUCUAUUGUACAAGAAGACGUGGCAGAAUUGUCGAAGAAUGUGCGACAGAAUAUACACGAUGGUCAAUUUGGUGUUGAACGCAAGGAAUCAGAUCAAGAAGAGACCAUAGAGAAUCAGAACCACGACCCAGAUCAGCACCAAGACUUGGAUGAAAAUCAGGUUAAAAACCCGGAUUAUGAUCGAGACAUUAACAAUAAAACGUUGCCGACAGUGACGAAGGCUGAGGAGGGUCCGGAUCUGGACCCGUUGAUAUUUCUUAAGAACUCACUUAUGUCCUUUAAUAUGGGUAGUACAUUGGAAUCACUUAAUUCAGUGGGUAGUACGAUGCAAGGCUCACUUAAUUCAGUACAAAGUUCUUUUACGUCAGUAGGUAAUAAAAUGACAUUACAGAACGUGACGAAUAGUUUGGAAUCGCUGGAAAUGAUGGGGUCGAAGCUGCUAAAUUCGGCCGACGAGUUUAUUGGUACAUUGGCUGGAGAUGCACCAUAUGAGAGGGAAGAAAAAGAAGAGCUGAGCGAGAGGGAUCUAAGUGCCAGGAAAUUUCGAAUGUUGGCGCUUCAAGAAGACUCGGAAACGUACACAAAGCCACCAAUAGACCUCGGGGCGUUUGACGAGUGGAAACUUGCGACAUCCACGGAGGAGCUAGCGGACAUCGAACGUGAAUUACUUGAAAAUUAUCCGACGGUAGGCGCUAAAUUUGCAGAGUUGGUGCCGUCUGUAGUUGAGGCAGACGUAUUCUGGACACAUUAUAUUUACAAGGCGUCGCUGCUGGCUGCACAGGAGAAACGCGGAGCGGAUUUGUUGGAACACGCACUGAACGAUGAUGAAGAAGAGAUUGGCUGGGAAAUUGACUCACCGAAAGCCAAGGACGAAGACGGCAAGCCAAUUUUUCUUGCUGAUGAGUUUAAGGAGGAAGAGAAGGUGUCGUCGACAGCGAUCACCAACGCCCCAACGUCGUCAAGUGAUGGUGAGAGCUGGAUUGAGCUGGAUGAACGGAAGGGAUCGACGUCUUCUGGUGCGUCGUCGAGUCUCAAAGAGCCGAGCUGUGCCCUGGCUGAUUUAACACUUGACGAGGGCAUCGAAGCGGCCGAAGCGCUUGAUUGGGGUGAUGACGAUAAUCUCUUAGUGCCAGAAGCAACGAUUGUAGCCGCAUCGGAUACCAAGGUGCCUGAGGCGACCCCUGUAUCGCACGAGGACAGCAGCAAGCAUGGAGAGGAUUGGGGCGAGUGGGAUUAA